UGACCUUUAAACCUGACGUCACAGGCGGGUUUCGCGCGUAAACACAAAGCGCGGGAGAGUGCGAGGGGGCGGAGUCACGUGAUCCCGGGGCCAUUUGAAAAGCUGGAGGGUUAGCGUGCUGCCGGGUAUCUCUGUAGUUCCGGUAAUCGGUUGGUGACUGUACACAGUUCCGGUGGGCCCCGGUGCACUCUGUCGUCUUGUCGCGGCUCUGUUCUUCUUGCACGGCUCCUGUGUUGGCGGGAAAGGCGGCAUUUCCCGCUUUCUUUUUACCUGGUGCUCUAGUUUUGUUUCUUGAAGGAUCCUUAGUCCGUGUGCCCCCCGCGUCAUGCCUGCCCAGGCCUCCUCUCCCGCCUUGCCCGCUGACGUCAGAAAGCGGCUGAAGGCUUUGGAUAAAGAACAGGACAGGCUGUCUGAGAAGGAAUGUGUAGAGCAGAAGCUGAGUCUGGUGCUGGAGUACCUGGAAGCAGAUGUGAAGGCUGAACUGACCGACCUGGAAGCCAAGCUGAACAAAGAGGAGCUGUCUGAGGAACGGUAUCUGAAAAAGGUGAAGGUCCUGCUCGGGAAAGAACUAGGCAUUGAGAACGGGGCUCUGAAUGGCGAGACUAAUGGCUGCUCUCCAAACGGCACUUGUGGUAGUGAAGAGGAGGAUGUGGAGAUGGAGGCGGUGACGCCUAGUUCUAAGGGGCGCAGGGGCAGGAAAAGCAAGACUAAUGGAGAAAACAAAAAGUCUUCUAGCCGUAGCCGACCUGCGAAAAGUGGAAGCAAACAGCCAACCAUCCUGUCUAUGUUCUCCAAAGGUCCAGGGAAGCGCAAGUCUGAAGAUGUCAAUGGUGAUGUGAAACUGGAAAAUGAGGUGUCGGAAGAGGAGCCCGCUGAAGAGGAGCAAGUGGAGAAGAGGCUGAAAGUGGAGCCAAAGGAGGAAGACGGACCUGUCAAAGAGGAAACUCCAAAGCCCAAAUCUGUUCAGGCGCCAAAGACACCACCUCCAAAGUGUAUGGACUGCAGGCAAUAUCUUGAUGACCCUGAUCUUAAGUACUUUCAGGGUGACCCAGAUGAUGCGCUGGAGGAACCAGAGAUGUUAACCGAUGAGCGCUUGUCGCUGUUUGAUGCCAAUGAAGAUGGGUUUGAGAGCUAUGAGGAUCUUCCCCAGCACAAGGUCACCUGCUUCAGCAUUUACGACAAGAAGGGACAUCUCUGUCCUUUCGAUACUGGCCUGAUUGAGAAGAAUGUGGAGCUAUACUUCAGUGGUGUUGUGAAGCCCAUAUAUGAUGACAAUCCGUCUCUGGAUGGAGGAGUAAGGGCGAAGAAGCUAGGACCCAUUAAUGCCUGGUGGAUAACUGGCUUUGAUGGAGGAGAAAGGGCUUUGAUUGGGUUUACAACAGCUUUUGCCGAUUACUUCCUUAUGGACCCCAGUGAGGAGUACAGCAUAAUCUUUGCCUUGAUGCAAGAGAAGAUCUAUAUGAGCAAAAUAGUGGUUGAAUUCCUGCAAAACAAUCCAGAUGUUGCCUAUGAAGAUCUGCUGAACAAGAUUGAGACGACCGUCCCUCCGGCAGGACUGAACUUCAACCGCUUCACUGAAGACUCUCUCCUGAGGCAUGCGCAGUUUGUGGUGGAGCAGGUGGAGAGCUACGAUGAUGCUGCUGACAGUGAUGAGCAGCCGGUCAUCAUCACUCCCUGCAUGAGGGACCUGAUCAAACUUGCUGGGGUCACACUGGGAAAGAGACGAGCUGUAAGGAGACAAGCGAUCAGACAUCCUACCAAGAUUGUUAAGGACAAGGGGCCAACAAAGGCCACCACAACCAGGCUGGUGUGCCAUAUCUUCGACACUUUCUUCUCUGAACAGAUUGAGAACGAUGAUGAAAAGGAGAACUCAAAGCGAAGGCGCUGUGGAGUAUGUGAGGUAUGCCAGCAGCCAGACUGUGGCAAAUGUAGAGCUUGCCAAGACAUGGUGAAGUUUGGAGGAGCAGGCCGCAAUAAACAAGCUUGUCUCCAGAGGAGGUGUCCAAAUCUGGCUGUUAAGGAGGCUGAUGAAGAUGAGGAGCUGGAUGACAAUAUCCCUGAAAUGCCUUCUCCCAAGAAGAUCCUCCAGGGUCGUAAGAAGAAACAGGAGAAAAAGAACAGAAUCUCUUGGCGUGGGGAACCAGUCAAGGUUGAAGGGAAGAAGGAAUAUUACCUUAAAGUUUCUAUUGAUGACGAGAUCCUUGAAGUUGGUGACUGUGUAUCUGUGAGUCCGGAUAAUCCCACAGAACCUCUGUAUUUGGCAAGAAUUACAUCUAUGUGGGAAGAUGCCAAUGGCCCCAUGUUCCAUGCACACUGGUUCUGCCUGAGUACAGACACCGUCCUGGGAGCCACGUCUGAUCCUCUAGAACUUUUCCUUGUGGAUGAAUGUGAAGACAUGCAGUUGUCGUUUAUUCAUGGCAAGGUUAAUGUGGUCUACAAAGCUCCAUCAGAAAACUGGUUUAUGGAGGGUGGCGCUGACCAGUAUGAGAACAUGGUGGAAGAUGAUGGAAAAUCCUACUUCUACCAGUUGUGGUAUGAUCCAGAGUAUUCUCGGUUUGAGACUCCUCCAAAGGUGCAGCCAACAGAGGACAACAAGUACAAGUUUUGUACCAGCUGUACCAGGCUAGCAGAAAUAAGGCAGAGGGAGAUGCCCAGGGUGUUUGACAUCGCUGAAGAUUUGGAUGGAAAAGUCUGCUACAACAUGGCCACAAAGAACGGCGUCCAGUACAAGAUUGGCGAUGGAGUCUUACUCCUGCCUGAUGCUUAUAACUUUAGUGUCAAACUGGGCAGUCCGGUGAAGAGGUCUCACAGGAAAGAAGAUGUGGAUGAAGAUCUGUACCCCGAGUAUUACCGCAAGUCCUCAGACUACAUCAAGGGUAGUAAUCUGGAUGCCCCAGAGCCAUACCGGCUAGGCCGCAUCAAGGAGAUUUACUGCAACAAAAGAAGCAAUGGGAAGCCCAACGAGGCGGACGUCAAACUGCGGGUGUACAAGUUCUACAGGCCUGAAAACACCCACAAGGGCUUGAAGGCAAGUUACCAUGCAGACAUCAACUUGCUGUACUGGAGCGAUGAGUAUGCACUGGUGGACUUGAAAGACGUUCAGGGGCGCUGUACCAUAGAAUAUGGGGAGGAUCUGACUGAGUCUUUACAGGAAUACUCCGCUGGAGGAGCGGACAGGUUCUACUUCCUGGAGGCUUACAAUGCAAAAACCAAGUCCUUUGAAGAUCCACCUAAUCAUGCCCGUAGCGCUAUCAACAAAGGCAAGGGGAAGGGCAAAGGAAAAGGAAAGGGAAAAAUGUCAUCGGCACAGUCUGAAGAUGACAGGAGGCCGGAGGAUCGCGUGCCUAAACUCCAUACUCUGGACGUGUUCUCUGGCUGCGGUGGUCUGUCUGAAGGCUUCCACCAAGCAGGUGUUUCAGAGACUAAAUGGGCCAUAGAGAUGUGGGACCCAGCUGCACAAGCCUUCCGACUGAAUAAUCCAGGGGCCACAGUGUUUACGGAGGACUGUAAUGUCCUGCUGAAGCUGGUCAUGUCGGGGGAGAAGACUAACUCUCUGGGCCAGCGGCUACCUCAGAAGGGAGAUGUUGAAAUGUUGUGUGGGGGCCCACCCUGCCAAGGCUUCAGUGGGAUGAACAGAUUCAACUCCAGAACCUAUUCCAAGUUCAAGAACUCCUUAGUGGUUUCUUAUCUCAGUUACUGUGACUAUUAUCGGCCAAAGUUCUUCCUGCUGGAAAAUGUGAGGAACUUUGUUUCGUUUAAGAGCUCCAUGGUGCUGAAACUAACCCUGCGCUGUCUUGUCCGGAUGGGAUACCAGUGUACCUUUGGCGUGCUGCAGGCCGGCCAGUAUGGUGUGGCACAGACCCGUAGAAGAGCCAUCGUUCUUGCUGCUGCCCCAGGGGAGAAGUUACCAAUGUUCCCUGAGCCCUUGCAUGUGUUUGCCCCUCGUGCCUGCCAGCUGAGUGUUGUGGUGGAUGAGAAGAAAUAUGUGAGCAACAUUACAAGGACAAACUCCAGCCUCUUCAGAACAAUCACUGUGCGGGAUACUAUGUCAGACCUGCCCGAGAUCCGUAACGGAGCUUCUGCCCUUGAAAUUUCCUAUAACGGCGAGCCUCAGUCGUGGUUUCAGAGGCAAAUUAGAGGCUCACAAUAUCAGCCAAUUCUCAGGGACCACGUAUGCAAGGACAUGAGCGCCCUGGUAGCUGCCAGAAUGAGGCACAUACCUCUUGCGCCUGGCUCAGACUGGCGAGAUCUGCCUAACAUCGAGGUUCGCUUAUCUGAUGGCACAACCUCCCGCAAGCUUCGGUACAGUCACAGUGACAAGAAGAAUGGGCGCAGCAGCACUGGAGCGCUGAGGGGUGUCUGUUGCUGUGCUGAAGGUAAACAGUGUGACCCUGCAGACCGCCAGUUCAACACACUCAUUCCCUGGUGCCUGCCACACACCGGGAACAGACACAAUCACUGGGCAGGCUUGUACGGCAGGUUGGAGUGGGACGGCUUCUUCAGCACAACAGUCACUAACCCUGAGCCUAUGGGUAAACAGGGUCGUGUCCUCCACCCAGAGCAGCACCGUGUGGUAAGCGUAAGGGAGUGUGCCCGAUCUCAAGGCUUCCCGGACACCUACAGACUGUUUGGAAACGUCUUGGACAAACACAGACAGGUGGGUAAUGCCGUGCCACCGCCGCUGUCCAAAUCAAUUGGCUUGGAGAUCAAGGCCUGCGUCUUGGCAAAGCUCAAGGAGAAAGAAACAGAUGUUGUAAAGCAGGAGAAGAUGGAGAUGGAUUAAUCCUCCUCCAGGAAUUCUACCUCUACUGCACUUCUAGGUCCAUCCUGUAUUUUAUUUUUUACAUCUGUGCACUGCAGACAUCCGCUCGGUCCGGCUCCUCGUGUGGCUUUAUCCGGCUUUUUAGCUGGACCAGAGCACUUUUUGAUAAAAUGUUUUUAUUACGAACCAUCAACUUUUAUUCGCUGCAUUGCAUUUUAUCCACUUUGUAUCUGUGGAAAUCUAGUAAGUAGGUUUUAUAUGUUGUAAUAUUUCCAAUAAAAAAAACUUGUAUUGAA